AUUUCCUCUGUCAAAUAUAAACAAAGUUUUGGGUGUUUACAAGCUGCAAUUUUUACUUCUGUAGAUAAAAUUUUCAGAGUGAUCUUUCAAGAAGAUUUCUGAAGGGUUGAGGAAUUUUACCCUGCAAAGGUGUUGGUUUAGCACCAAUUUUGUUCAGAUUCCCCCCACUGAGUUUUGGGUAGACAGAAAAAGAAUGCCCUUGCUAGAUAUGUAUAACGGUGGAAAUAUACACUAAGGCAUGCUUCUUUCUAAAAGUGAAAUGAUAGAAUUCCUUUUCAGCUUGUGAUAUUUGGGAUGUUAAUAGCCUAAAGUUUGAGCUAAAAUGUACAAAAUUGGAUCCGAUAUUUUGAAAACAUUGCCCUCCCUUCUAAAGUUUCUUUCCAGCUUCAAUGUGCUACAUUGGUUUUGGCAUUUCUGGAACAUACAUUUUUUCAAGGUUGGACUUUGAUGGUUGCCACUACAUCAAAUGGCCUACUUAUUGCAUUAUGCGUGUGGGAAAGUUCUUAUAUGUAAUAUUGGAUUCAAUAUGAACAGAUUGGUCAAAAAAUGGCCGGAAGAAUGGAUACCUCAGUUUUUUCCCAUUGCCACAUAGUAGAAGCACAGAAGGGACAAGGAACUAUGCUUUUCCUUCUGCUACUAAUCGUGGGUACCCAAAGUCAGACAGAGUUUAGUGGACAGAAAAGGAUGCUUCCUCCACCUCCUGGAAUGUUUCAAGAUCGUGAGGAGCUCAUUAAACAUGUGCGGGAUUUUGGGGCUAGCCAAGGAUAUGUAGUGACUAUUAAGAAGUCUAGGAAGGACAGAAGAGUCAUCCUUGGAUGUGACAGAGGAGGUGUUUAUCGCAAUAGGCGUAAGAUUGAUGAAAGCAAACGCAAAAGGAAAGCAUGCUCAAGGCUUAUAAAUUGCCCUUUUGAAGCUAUAGGUAAAAAGGAAGAUGAUGCCUGGGUUCUAACCAUUAAAAAUGGGGAGCAUAACCAUGAGCCUUUAAAAGAUAUGUCAGAGCAUCCUUAUAGUCGUCGUUUUACUGAGGAAGAAGUUAGGCAAAUCAAAUUAAUGACUGAAGCUGGUAAAAAACCACGUCAAGUGCUCAAGGCUCUGAAACAAAGUAAUCCAGAGUUGCAGUCAACUCCAAGGCAUUUGUACAACCUUAAAGCUAAGAUUCGUCAAGGAAAUUUAUCAGAGAAAAGUUUCAAAUCAUGGAGGCCUAACAAAUCUGUUCCUGUAAACUCGAAUGGCCCUUUCACUGGAGAAUUGUUAAAGCAAAACAACCAGCCGGUAAAGGUUCCUAAUUUUAUUGGAGGGAAAUUUGUGGAUUCACUAGGGUCCAUAGUCAUUGAUGUAAUAAAUCCUGCAACACAAGAGGUUGUUUCUCAAGUUCCUUCAACUACCUAUGAAGAGUUCAAAGAUGCAGUUAAUGCAGCCAAGCAAGCUUUUCCCUCUUGGAAGAACACACCAAUUACAACUCGCCAGCGCAUCAUGUUCAAGCUCCAGGAGCUUAUCCACAGAAAUAUUGAUAAGCUCGCAAUGAAUAUUACAAUGGAACAGGGUAUGACAUUAAAGAGUGCCCAUGGUGAUGUGCUGUGUGGUUUAGAGGCUGUUGAAAAUGCUUGUGGAGUGGCAACUCUGCAAAUGGGGGAGUUUGUCCCAAAUGCAUCUAAUGGAAUUGAUACAUACUGCAUUAGAGAACCGCUUGGUGUUUGUGCUGGGAUAUGUCCCUCUAACUUUCCUGCAAUGAUCCCUUUGUGGAUGUUUUCUAUUGCAGUUAUAUGCGGCAAUACAUUUGUUUUUAAGCCAUGUGAGAAAAAUCCAGGGGCUUCAGUGAUCCUUGCAGCACUAGCAAAGGAGGCUGGUUUACCUGAUGGUGUCUUAAAUAUUAUUCAUGGCACCAAUGAUAUUGUCAAUUAUAUUUGUGAUGAUGAGGAUAUAAAAGCUAUAUCAUUCGUUGGUUCAAACACGGCUGGCAUACACAUACAUGCUAGGGCUGCUGCUGGAGGGAAACGAAUUCAGUCCAAUGUAGGAGGCAAGAAUCAUGCGAUUAUCAUGUCUGAUGCAAGUAUAGAUGCUACUUUGAAUGCUCUUGUUGCUGGGGGCCUUGGAGCUGCUGGGCAGAGAUGCAUGGGUCUAAGUACAGUUGUUUUUGUUGGAGGUUCAAUGCCAUGGGAAGAAGAACUUAUGCAGCGUGCCAAAGCACUAAAAGUGAAUGUAGGAUCAGAUCCUAGCGCAGAUGUUGGUCCGGUGAUUAGUAAAGAGGUAAAGGAUUGCAUAAACAGAUUAGUUCAAAGCAGUAUCGAUGGUGGUGCUAGACUUCUUCUUGAUGGGAGAAAUAUUGUGGUUCCUGGAUUUGAGAGUGGAAAUUUUAUUGGUCCUACCAUAAUCUGUGAUGUUACAUCCAAUAUGGAGUGCUACAAGGAAGAAAUUUUUGGACCGGUUCUCCUUUGUAUGCAGGCUGGGAGCCUAGAAGAGGCUAUCACCAUUGUAAACAGAAACAACUAUUUAAAUAGGUCUGUGAACGGAGCCUCUAUAUUCACAACAUCUGGCUAUGCUGCAUGGAAGUUUCAGAAUGAAAUCGAGUCUGGGCUGGUUGGGAUCAAUGUUCCUGUUCCUGUUCCUAUUCCGAUACCUUUUUCCUCUUUUAGUGGACCGAAAGCAUCUUUUGCUGGAGAUCUUAAUUUUUGUGGAAAGUCAGGUGUGCACUUUUACACCCAGAUCAAAAUGGUGGCACAGCAGUGGAGGGAUUUACCAAGCCUAGGAGCAUCCUCAGGUUUGCAUCUAUCGUCUGAGAUGGAUAUGACAAGCCGGGGAGUCUCUUCAGCAUUGCCUCCAUCAUCAGAGCGAGAUUCACCAUACCAAAGAGAGCCAGCCAUGUCUCCAGAAUCAGAGGGGAACUCACCAAAUCAUACAAUAUUGCUUUCUGUCCCUGCAACUUCAGGGAGGGUUCCAUCAAACCCUGCAAUUACAUCUCUGCCUCCAACUGCUGAUGUUGAUUUGCCAAAUCAUGGAGCAUCUCUUGUUAUACCUCCUACAUCUGAGAUGCAUUUGGAAAACCAGGACACGUCCCUAGCUAUGCCAUUAAGAAGAGAGAGAGACCUGUCGGGCCAAGGAGUGUCGUCAGCAACAACCCACCAAUCUGAAAGAAUGUACACACCGCAAACAUCACAAUGGAAUGAAACUCCAGCCGUAGCAUCUCAAAGAACUGAGUCCAUUCCUCCACCCUCCGAGAGGAUUUAUAUACCCAUAACGUCUCAGAGGAAUAGCAAUGCAUCUACAACAGUUAAGAGGUCAGACACUGCAAUAGGUUUAACUCAUGAGCGACUAUAUGCGCCAACAUCUCAUAAAAAUGACAGUAUGGUUCCCAUUUCACAUAGAAAUGAAAGCAUGUCUCCAACUUCGGAGAGGACAUACAUGAUGACAACUUCUCACUUGAGCGACAGCAUGGGUCAAAUUUUUCCAACUUCUGAGAGGAUAUAUGUACCAGCUACUCCUCACAGGAGCGACCACAUGUGUUCAACCUCCCAGAGGGCUGAUGUCGCAUUACGACCAGCCUCGGAGAGGUUAUACAUGCCUGCAGCACCCCAGAGGAACGAUAAUAUUGCUUCGGCAGAUCCAAUGCCUCAAAAUUCCGAGAGCAUGUAUAUGCCUUCGAUUGUUCAGAGGAACGCUGAUAUGCCACCAACAUCUGAGAGGUUAUAUAUGCCUGCAACAUCUCAGAGGAUGUAUGCUCAAAAUGCAAUAAUUUCAAUGGAUGAUUAUCCUAGCCAAAGGAUAUAGGAAUCCUCCCUGCUUCUUUCCUUUUUUUUUUUAGGAACCUUUGUAGACAAAUCAAUAUAGUAAUCAAAUAAAUGCCAAUUCAGGUUUCUUUUUCUUUU